CUUCACUUCGAGUUACUAGUUACCAAAAUGGACGACGUUUUCUGAAAGCCAGACAAAUCUUGAAGAAUGGGUGGACGAACCGGGAAUGCAGGGAUGCAGGCAAAAUCCAACAUGACAGCUAUGAAAGGCCAGCUUGGAUUACGAAGCAGUGCACUGGCCCCUACCUCUGCCAAGCUGACCACUCAGUAUCUUGUGAUGGAUCAUAUGAACAACCAUUACAGCAAAAUUGUCAAUGCCAAAUCUGCCAUAGACAACAGGCCACCAAAGGUAUUGUCAUCUAGUCAGAAAGCACGUGACAGGAAGACACGAGAGUAUGUGAAGAAGACUGGUAUACGUCCCAGUUCCAGUAUGAACGUCCGCCCUACUUCCAGAAAUAUUUAUUAUGAUGAUAUGGAGGGAAUGGAUGAUCAUGCUGAACUGAAUGACUUUAAUCCAGAAGAUGAUGACGAUCGCUUAGUUUUGGAUAUUAUGAAAACAACUUUAAAGUCCAACAGACAAGACAGGGUAGAAAGUACUGAGGCAACAUAUGGCGGUUCACAUUCCUAUGAUGGUCAUAGCGGACAAGGUCAAGGUAACAACUACCACAGUCAAGGUCACAGUUAUCAACAGCCUGACCCCCAAGGUUACCUUUACCAGGCGUAUUCACAUCAGCAAACGAAUAGGUCAGGUUACCCUAAAAGACCUGCAUCUGCUAGAUCGGUACGGUCUGCUGCAAGUGGUGUGUCAAGGUCAGCUUUGGCUCAGGGGGCAACACAUAACAGAAAAGUAGAGGAUGGAGACAUACUCGCCACAAGGAAACAUGUUUUCACUGAACCUGCCAAGCCUUUCACACCAAGAACUUUGAAGUCAACAAGAACAUCAAAACUGAGUCAAACCAAAUUUUAUACAGCGCCGCCACAGAAGAGGAAGGACCAGCCGCAGGAUAAAAACAAUGAAACACAAUUAGAGGAACCUGUUGAGAAACCGAGACCUAAACCAAGGAGAGCAAAGUCACCGAUGAAUAGAACAGAAACUCCACUAACGGAAACCAGCUUAAUGUACGAGACUUUACAAAGCAGAGACUUCUCAAAGUUUAACAAAGACAAAAUGGUUCCCACACUGGACAUAUCCAUGGAUAAGGAUCAUCUCAACUGGAUAAAAGAACAGGCCUCCAAGGCUGAGGUUCGUGCCAAAAGUUCAACGCUCAAGUCCAACAUGGAUCGAAUAAAAGAGAAAGAUAUGAUGGACACCACAGACAUGGGUGAGACUGGUGACCUCACCACAGGUAGUCUGGGCCGAACCACAAGGACGUUCGGGACCAGAACUAUGGGCCGAUCAGCUCGUCUAAAUGAUCAAGAGGAGGAGCUGCAGUAUGUAGAGUUUACGAAGGAAGUGACCAAUGAUGUCCUCAACAGGGGUGUGUUUACUAACAGGGUAUUGAAGCAAGUUUUCAACACACAUAUAGAGAAGCGGAGAGGACAACUGGACGAGUAUAAAAUGAGAGGAAUUCUUGAUGAAAUUCGGAGAGACUUGGACAUUCCAAAUGAGCCUGACUCAGACCUGAGUUCCUACACAGAGUCUCCAAAUACCUCCUCCAGACUUAAAUCCACAGGCUAUACAGGGAAGACAAACAGACUUGGGAUCUCUAAACCGUUUGAUAGGACCUUCAAUUCGACCAUGGAUUCUCAGAACACCUUUGGCCUACAGAGUACAUCUGGGGACAUGUUCAGCACGAUCAAUUCCGAGUUUGAUAGAGAGGAUAUGUCCAACACGCAGGCCCUGCAAAGCUACCAGCUAGAAAUGACCCGCAAAGAUGCAAUAGAUGAGAGAGAUGAGGAAGAGGAAAAAGAUGUAGAGGAGGCUGAUGAGGGGAUGACACAAGCAGAUGUACAUCCGCAGCCCAGAGGCCAGUUGAUCCAAGUCAGCUCAAAGGAAACAGAUAACGAGUCAGUUCAUUCAUCUUCGUCAAAAUCAAGAAGAAACAGACGAAGUAGAAAGGCAGAUGAGGUCGCGUCAAUUCCAUCCCAGGUCGCGUCAAUUCCAUCCCAGGAGGAUGUAUUAGAUAAGGUUUCGGUCCAUUCUCAGGCAUCGCAAUCUCGGCUGACUCCAGCAUCCCGAAGUAGACCAAGCAGUGUGGUGUCAGAAAUGUCCCGGGGACAAGAAGUGGACAAGACCUCAGUUCACUCAUAUGGUUCGAGAUUGAAGGCUGCUUCUCCACAACCAAAACAGUAUGGUGAUCGAUAUCAGGAUAUGGUGCAAUCUUCUAAAGCACGAUCUCUGGCCUCCCAUGGUGAGGAGACAGAUGACACGCUAACGCAAGACCAUUCACAAGUACUGAGUGAGGGCGAGACCGAAGGGGCAUAUGGUGAAGACGAAUUCGAGGAAAGUGAACCAGAGGACCACUUAGGUACUGCCACUCAUAGAACAUCGGAUGACGACUUUUAAUAAAUUCCUGUGAAACCUUCUAUAUUGCUCAGCAGCAUCUUCACGGGAAGGAAAGGAAUUUCCCAUUGUGGAAUUAAGAUAUAUAUUUUUCAGUUGUAAUUCAGGACGAAAUCUUAUUCAAACCAGGUCCUGUUCUUUUGUAUUGAUACAAAAAUUUGGAAGGUAUAUAAUUUCAUUAUAAAUAGAAGUUUGGUUUUAACAGACUGUGGAAGUGAUCUUUUAAAAAAAAAUUAAUAUCAGGUUCAAUUUUAUUUACGAAUUCCAAGGAGGUGGAAAGGCAAUACAUACCGGUAUUUUAAAGCCAGAUCUUCAUUAACACUGGAAGUGUUGUCUCGGGCAUUUCAUAUCUUUAACUUUGGUAUGUUGAUGCACUGCUUAAAUCGCUAAAACAUUUCAAUAUCGCUCACUUGUUCGUAGAUAAACAUGAUGCAUUGCUUUCAUUGCUUAAAAAAUGAAUAUAUCGCUCACUUGUUAAUGAAUCAAACAUUGUUGUAUCAUUAGCAUUACUAUAAAAAAUCACAAUCACUCGAUUGUAUGUAAAUCAAACUUCGAUGUAUUGUUUACCUGCUUAAAAAUUCAUCAUUGCUUAUUUCUUCAUAAAUAUAACCUUGAAAAAGAUGUGUCUUACCAGGUAAAUGCGAUGCUCUUAAUACUUUUCAAUAAAUGUUCUAUAUGUACAUGUAUAUGAUGCAGAUGGAUUUUAGUGUCAUGAGGGACAGUGAUGUUUACUGUAAAAGUGGAAAUAGUAUAUAAACCAAAUGACACAUUUUCUAACACUUUUCUCUUUAUCAGGAAUAUACAAUGAAUUUACAGGAACCUUAGAUUUGAUUUACCAGUUUAAUUGUUAAAGGGGGAUAACUCUCAUGAAAAUUUCUUUUUAAUUUAAUUACAUUGUAUCUUGGAGGUGGUAAUAUGGGUUCUUUAUACAUGUGACAUCAUGUCUGUGAUACAACAUAUUUUAUCUUGCAGUCAUGUGAUUUGUAUCAACCAAUUGGGAGUUUUAUCUCGCAGUCAUGUGAUUUGUAUCAACCAAUUGGGAGCGUUAUAAAGUAGAUUAUAAACAUAAAUGUUAUGUUAGUUGGAGCAUAUAUCUGUGAUUAAAACUCGACAGCUCAAACCCUGCAUACUGCUGAAGGGAGCUGAGGUGUACAGAACAAAGGAAACCUAUAUAUUUCAUAUAAAGAAAUCAUUUCAUGUUAUUUCAAAACCAUGUACUGUGUAGUUUUGUAUGAAUCCUGCCAACUCGUAUGACGAUGUUUAUUAUAUAUAAAAUGUCUUUUUUUCCCAUGUCCGUCCAUAUAUGGCUGUUGCAAUAUAUUGUAUAUAUUUUUUUUUUCAACCAUGAUUUUUCGUUUGCUUUGAGGGUAAAUGGGGGAAAAGUUUACCUUUCAAUUAAAAUCCUGCAUUCUUAUACUUUGUUAUAUUUAUAUUGCAAUUUAUUACACUUUAAUUAAACCAUUAUAUUUAGUUUUACUUUUGUUUGUAAUAUUGUAACAUUUAAUGUCAAUGUUUGCACUGUAGUACUAGUCACUAGAUAAUUUACAAACCAAUUUCUAAAAUCGCAUGUUUUGUAUAAUUUACGUGUAUUAUCUAUUUAACACCAGUAAAAUAGAGACAAAUUAUAUUAAUGUAAUGAUAUACCACGUAGUAACAUUGUGGCAUUCAUACAAGUCAGUCUACAGAAUACAUCUGAUCAGAAAUCUAUAUAGUUGUAUGCCUAUACCAAUAAUUGUUUAAUGACUGAUUACCAGUGGGGGUUUUAAUUUAAGCCGUUGUGAAACCCUAUUUUCCUUUGAGUCAUUCUAGCUAUUUAAAAAUACAAUGUAUAGUUUUUUUUAAUACAAACAAUUCAACAGGGUUAAGUUGAUUUAUGUGAAGCUUCUUUUCAUUGUAAGAGUAGAUAGUAGAAUGGAUCAGCUGUGUGAACCAAUUCUGGUAUUGAUACUCCCCUAUAUCUUAUCCACCAUCACUAUACUACAUGUUUACGUAUAAUAUACAUAUACCAAACACGAUGAACAGGACCUAUGUGGGACAAUUAUAGUCACCUUAAUUAAUGCAUUUAAACGAGUCAUUUAAUUGAAGUACCUGGAGUCUUGGGAGAGUUUUUUAUGUCCAGAAAGAAACACAUUUAUAGAUAGCUUCAACUUGUAACAUUAACAUUAUUUUCAUUGUUAAAUUUGUUUAAAAUUUAUGUGAUACAUUUUGUGUUGUGUAACUUCUCUUUACAAUGUCCCACCUCAUGUGAAUGGAUCAUUUUAUUGUUUUGGUACAAACAGGGUGACUUUGUAGUCCUGAAUGAUUUUUCCGUCCUUGUCAUAAUUAUAUAUUAUCCUGAACAAAUGAUGCACCAUCCAUAGUGUUGUUUUUAAUGUCUCUUGUAUUGUUAAAAUUGAAGGGGAGAUAAGCAGUUUUUCCAGUCAUAAUUUAUUUUUUCUUGCAAUAUAUAAAAUUUCCUUUGUGAUUUAUUUUAGUUGUGAAAUUAUUUUUAACAGCUAGGGGAAUUGACACAUUAAAUCUGAAAUUAGAACAAAGAAAAUUUUGAUAAUCAGAUAGAAUAUAUAGAUAAUAUUGCUAUGCAUUAUAAUAUGAUAUACAUGUAGAUCUACACACAUAGUAGAGGUAUUAGUGUGUGGAGUGUAAAACCAGAGUAGAAUCUCUAUAUAAUCAGUAUUCUGUUUUAGGCCUUUAUAUAUUCUAUUGAAUUUAUUUAACAUAGAUAUCAAAAUGUUUUUAAUGUUUUAAUGAAUUCUCUUUUACAUGUACACUCUUGUGAUCAAAAGAAUCCUUUUAUUUUCCAGAGGAAUAUUGCUACAGUUUAUACUGAAAUGGAUGUGAUUUUCACAGGGUUUAAUAUUUCAAUAUUUCAAUCAUUACUACAUAGGUGAACUUUUCAGUAUUAAUAUUGAAUUCAGUAUUUUGGAAAAAAAUAUUCCAUUACAUAUAUAUCUAUUAAUUUAUGUCAGAACGGCUAUUUCAGAAUUUUAUAAAUCUUGAUAUUUUCACCUGUAUAUUUCAAAAUUUGUCUCUUUUCCAUUCUUUGGAUAUGCAAUUAAGUUUUUUUUAUAAUUUUUAACAUUUUCGGAAUUGUUGAUUUUAAGUUGAAAGUACAUAAAUAGGUGUUCUGAUUUGAAGUUAAAUUCAUUUGUUGGUACAUUAGGUCUUUUUUCUACAAGAAUUUUUUUAUUAAUUUUUAGAUUUUAAUCCCAGAAAUAUAUAUGUCAGGAUUUCAGCUAGAGUAUGUUGUUUAUAAAAAUGAAUGCAUCAGGUUCAUUCAACCUUUAACAUCCUUCAAUAACAUAUAAGUGUCUCCUAACUUCAAAAUGAAACUAAAUAUAACAGCUUUAUGUAUGAAACAUGUUAACUGCAGCAACGUUUAUCUUCAACCCAUUGUUUACCUGCCUGUCCAUCUUCGGGCUUGCUUACUAUGAGAAAAGUUAUAAAAUAUUUUAAAAAA